AUGACAGCAGGAGGUGUUGCCUUCUCAGUUAUUGUGACUUUGUUCCAAUCGAGCAUUUGUGCCAAUUACAAGGGUCUCUUCUAUGGAAGGGACUGGGGCUACGAGCAGAGUAUCGCGCCGAGAGCCUGGCAGAGUAAGUUUCCUGCUUGCGCGGGUGCACGACAAUCCCCGAUCAACAUUGAUUUAUCGCAUGUUGUCGUGAACUCCUCUCUUGGACGGAUACUUCUACACGGGUUUAAAGAUAAACGUGUGUACAACGUCAAGAAUAUUGGAUCGACAGUGCUCUUGUUGCCUAUGAUAGCCGACCCGCCGAUCGGACUGGUGAACGGAGAUGACAGAUAUCAUUUGCACAGCGUUCAUUUCCAUUGGACCUCCGAGCAUGCGAUCAAUGGGCAGUACUACUCACUUGAAUGUCACAUGUUGAUGUUCAAUGAAAAAUACGCGGAUCUUUACAAAGCCUUCGAGUACCCCGACGGUCUCGAGGUCGUUUCGACACUCUUUGCGCUUUCGCCCUACUCGAACAAUCCCAGGCUGGCAGUGCUCACCGACGCUGUUGCUCACAUUCUGGAGCCUGAGUUCUCGAUCAACGUCACAAUGGCACUCGAGGAUAUAUUGCCCAACCACAUCUCGGCAUAUUUCCGCUACUACGGCUCAUUGACGGUUCCCCCGUGUGACGAGAUCGUCACGUGGACCCUCUUCUAUCCGCCCACUUUCAUUGGUCCUAAGCAGCUGCGUCUUUUCCGCUAUUUGCAUCGAUUGUCGCUUAACGAUAAGCUUGAUAGCUGGAAGAAACUCGAUAACAUUCGACCAUUGCAGCCCUUGAAUGACCGAGCAGUUCAGAUGUACACUACGAGCAGCUACGCGCCGCUUUACGCCGCAGGCUGA